GGCUGGAGAAAAGUUGUCCCGGCCAGAGCGCUAGCCGCCGCGGGAUCCGGAGCCGCCGCGGCUUGCACCCGGCAGCGGCGGGGCGCGACCACCGGCUCUUCAGCCCGGCCGGCCGACUCGCUGCCGGGGGUGGCCCCGGGGCAUGGGACAGCCGGCUGGGGCCGCGAGCGGGCGCUGCGCCCCGGGCGGGCGGCGGACGGCCUGAGCUGCCUGGACGCAGGAUGCGCUCCGAGGGCGCGGCCCCCGGGCCGGUGGCGCCACUGUGUGGGGCGCUGAGCCUUGUGUUGGGCGCGCUGUUGGGCAGAGUGAUCGAGGGCCGUGGGCUCACAGACAACAUCCAGCGAUUUUCCUCCCUGCCCCCUUACCUGCCUGUGACCUAUCAGGUGCUCAGAGCCGAGACUUCCUUCUUCCUGAAGGAAACCAACCAGGACUUGACACGCAACUCCAGCCUGCAGUCCCGGGUCGAGUCCUUCUUCCCCUACAAAGCCAGACAGCCGCCAAUCUUAAAUGCCAGCUAUGGGCCUUUCUCGGUGCAAAAGGUCGUGCCUCUGGAAUUGAUGUCGACUCCCAACUUUUUAGGUCCCACCGACAAAGGGAGUUUCAACUGGAAGCUGAAGGCGCACAUCCUGCGGGACAAGAUCUACCUGAGCCGGCCCCGCGUGCAGGUGCUGUUCCACCUGGUGGGCCGGGACUGGGACGACCCCGGCCCGGCGCAGAGCCUGCCCUGCCUGCGUGUGUUCGCCUUCCGGGAGACCCGGGAGGUGCGGGGCAGCUGCCGGCUUCGGGGGGCCCUGGGGCUGUGCGUGGCACAGCUGGAGCUCCCAGCCAGCUGGUUCGGCACCCCCACCGUGGUGUCUGGGAGGAAGAAGGCGCCGGAGCCCCCCGAGGGCAGCCCCGUGGAGCUCUACUACGCCGUGCAGCCCGGGGACGAGCGUGGAGACUGUUCCGGGGGCGACGUCCGCAAGGGCAAUGCCAUCCGCCCCGGCAAGGAUGGACUGCAGGAGAGCACAUCCCACCUGCAGAGGAUCGGCGCCGUGGGCCUCUACCGCGCUCAGGACAGCGCCCAGCUCAGCGAGCUGCGUCUAGACGGCAACGUGGCCAUCUGGCUGCCCUCCAGGCCCGUCAAGCAGGGAGAUGUGGUCACUGCCUAUGUCACCGUGGCCAGCAAUUCCACCGUGGACUUCUUCAUCUUGAGAGCCAAGGUGAAGAAGGGGGUGAACAUCCUGAGCACGCGGACCAGCGAGCCUCGGCAGUGGGACGUCAAGCAGGAGAUGGGGAACGGAGGCAAACACGCCACCACCGCCGUGGUGUGCCAGCGACUGGCACCAGGCGCGCGCAACAGAAGCAGCAGUUUAUUCAAUGAGGUUGUGCAGAUGAACUUUGAAAUCGCCAGCUUCAGCAGCCUCUCAGGGAGCCAGCCCAUCACCUGGCAAGUGGAAUACCCACGGAGGGGGACCACGGACAUCGCAGUGUCAGAGAUCUUCAUCAGCCAGAAGGACCUGGUUGGCAUCGUGCCCUUGGCCAUGGACACUGAGAUCCUGAACACCGCCAUCCUCACGGGAAAGACAGUUGCCAUGCCCAUCAAGGUGGUCACGGUGGAGGAGAACAGUAUCGUGACAGAUAUCUCAGAGUCCGUGGAAUGCAAGUCCACAGAUGAGGAGGUCAUCAAAGUGUCCGACCAUUGUGACUAUGUCUUUGUCAACGGCAAAGAGAUGAAAGGCAAGGUGGAUGUGGUGGUGAACUUCACGUACCAGCACCUAAGUGCCCCCCUGCAUGUCACCGUAUGGGUGCCCCGACUGCCCCUGCAGAUCGAGGUCUCUGACACGGAGCUGAGCCAGAUUAAAGGCUGGAGGGUUCCCAUCGUGGCCAGCAAGAGGCCCACACGAGACAGCGAGGAUGAGGACGAGGAGGAGCGGCGGGGCCGGGGCUGCGCCCUCCAGUACCAGCACGCCAUGGUGCGGGUCCUCACCCAGUUUGUGUCUGAGGGGGCUGGCCCCUGGGGCCAGCCGAGCCACCUGCUCAGUCCCGACUGGCAGUUCGACAUCACCCACCUGGUUGCCGACUUCAUGAAGCUGGAGGAACCGCAUGUGGCCACUCUCCAGGACAGCAGGAUCCUGGUCGGGCGGGAGGUUGGCAUGACAACCAUCCAGGUGCUGUCCCCUCUGUCUGACUCCAUCCUGGCUGAGAAGACGGUCACUGUGUUGGACGACAAAGUUGCGGUGUCAGACCUGGCCAUCCAGCUCGUGGCUGGGCUGUCUGUCACCCUCCACCCCAGCACGGAGAACAGCAGGGCUAUCACGGCUGUGGCCACAGCUGAGGAGCUGCUGCGGGCCCCUAAACAGGAAGCUGUAGUCAGCACUUGGCUCCAGUUCAGCGAUGGCUCCGUGACGCCCCUGGACAUCUACGACACCAAGGACUUCACCCUGACAGCCACCUCCCUGGACGAGGCCAUCGUGUCCGUCCCCCAGCCCCGCUCGCCCAGGUGGCCGACUGUGAUGGCUGAAGGCGAAGGCCAGGGACCCCUGCUCCGAGUGGACCUGACCAUCGCAGAGGCCUGCCAAAAAUCCAAACGCAAGAGCGUCCUGGCAGUGGGCGUGGGGAGCGUCAGGGUCAAGUUCGGGCAGAACGACGCCAACUCCAGCCCAGGUGUGGACUACGAGGAGGGUGAGAUCAAGAACCACGCCAGCGACCGGCGCCAGAAGGCCCAGGAAGGACCCUUCUAUGGCAGCUCCUCCGUGGAACGCGAGGAAGGGGUCCUCCGGAGGGGCAACCCCACGGCCAAGUCACUGCUGGACAACAAGGUGGGCAAGAACAGCCGGCUGGACGGGGGCCGGCUGGCGGGGGAGGGUCAGCUGCAGACCAUCCCCAUCGAUUUCGCCAACUUCCCGGCACAGGUGGACCUGCCCCAGGCCGGGGGCGGGCGUGGGGCCGGCGACCUGGUACAGACUCCCCGCGGCCUGAGCGAUCUGGAGAUCGGCAUGUAUGCCCUCCUGGGGGUCUUCUGCCUGGCCAUCCUCGUCUUCCUCAUCAACUGUGCCACCUUCGCCCUCAAGUACAGGCACAAGCAGGUGCCCCUGGAAGGCCAGGCCUCCGUGACCCACUCGCAUGACUGGGUGUGGCUGGGCAACGAGGCGGAGCUCCUGGAGAACGUGGGUGACGGAUCUCCGCCGCAGGACGAGCACACGACCAUCAUAGACCGCGGGCCGGGGGGCUUCGAGGAGAGCAACCGCCUCCUGCUCAACGGAGGUUCCCAAAAGCAGGGGCAGAGCCAGAUCCCCAGGCCGGCCGACUCUGGGGGCAAGCAGGGCAGGGACCAGAAACACGAGCCCCUGCACUCGCCCACCUCCAAGAGGAAAAAGGUGAAAUUCACCACCUUCACCACCAUCCCCGCCGACGACGGCUGCCCCACCGUCAACUCCAUCCUGGGCGGGACGGAGGAGGACAUCAAAUGGGUGUGCCAGGAUGUGGGCGUGGGUGCCCCCAAAGAACUCAGAGACUAUCUGGAGAAGUUCAAGGACAAAGUGUAGGCCCCUCUGGUCGAAGGACCAGCGCCUGGACACCCACCUUCAGCUCCACUGUAGAUCUGGGGCUCAACAGGGACUCUUUGGGGCCCAUCUUUGAAACUAUUCAUAGUUGGAAGUUAUGAAGCCGGAAAGGGACCGUUUUGUGAUCAGAGGUCGAUGAUGGCAGACUUUCUCAAGUCGGAAGAAAAAAACUCUGGGAACGGAGCUGAUGGAGACAUUUUAACUGCGCAAGGCCAAAUUAGGAAGGUUAUUUUAUGAGUCAAAAUAUAACCCAGACAAGCUACCAAAAAGUAUUUGUUAAAAAAAAAAAUGCAAAAAAAAAAAAAAAAACCAAACAAAUAAAAACAGACAGAAGUAAUCAUCUGUUUAUAUUUCUAAUAAAGGAUCAAAAAUAUAAAACUAGGGCCUGCUUAGAGACAUUUUCCAUUUUAAUUCAAUUUUCUUUUUCCAAGGACACCCUUUGACUGUCACCCUGGGCUUGGGGAGGAGACAUUUCUGAAUAUGGGUUGUCUCUUGGGAUAAACUUGAAUAUUUUCACAUCUUUACUUAAUAAUCUUUUCUUUUUCCAUAUUCUGUCCCCCCACUUUUUUUUCUUUUUGUGUCUUAGACUUCCAUUUGAUUUAUGUUUAAUGUUUAUUCCUGAGGAUCAAAUGGUAUAUUUUCCUAAAUUAAACAAGUUAUAUUCCUAUACAGCGGAUAAAUUUUUAGAAACCAUGUCAGUUAAUCCAUUCUUUUAAGUAUUAUGUUUGAUGCUUUGCUUUAUCCCUCCAGCCUUGUUGAUAUCUGCUGGGUUUCUACAAUUAGAGGGAGUUCGCAGAGCCUUUGCUGGGAUGAGGGGAAGGUCACCUUCACCCUCCUCAGGGCCAAAACCAGUGGGUGGGACAGUGGCAGGGGCCAGUUGCAGAGAGCCCAGCCAGGGACCCCUGACUCCUCAGUGGCUCCAUCAGUGGUACCCUAGGGAUACUUCUAUCAGAGGAAGAUGAGGUCAGAGCCACAAGCUGGAAUCCAUCCACACCAGUAAUCAGCGCCAACCUCAAAGGGUAGACUGACCCAAGACACACUGAUAUCAUGAAAUGAACAAGGAUCAAAAAAGUGUUGGAGGGCUUUUCUGUUGUUUUUCUCACUUUGUUGGGCAGGGCAUAAGGGAAAAGACAAAAAUCUAUGUUAGAUUGUCAAUCAACUGUGGUUUUUUUAACAGCUUAAUUGUGUAGCAGCACAUUGCAAAAUGCAUUCAUCCAAAGUGAAGCCUGAUCCCAUGGACAGUGGAGCCUGGCAGGCUAUGGUCCAUUGGGUCGCAGAGAGUCGGACACGACUGAAGCAAAUUAGCACACACAAAGAGAAGCCUAUGAGGCAGAGAGAAACUAGGGUCAUAAACCCUCAGAGUCCAGUCUACCUGCAGAUGCUGGCGAGGAAGACUCCGGGCGGUCACGUGAUCCUCUCAACAUAGCGGUGCCUGCAGCUACUGGGGUUGCUUCCUGUUUUUAUUUUUUUAAUUACUAAAAGUGAUAGCUAAGAAAGGCUCCUGGAAGCCUCAUAACCUAGACUGGACCUUUUCAAAAGAUAUUUCUAGCACAUAUUAUAGACAGUAAAAAGGAGCUAUUUAUUUAUACCUGUGAUGCCAAUUGUCAUUAAAACAUUUUCCGUGGCUUGACAA